GUGUCAUCACCUGUUGUCGAGACACGGAAAGCAACGAGUGCAGAUUGAAUGGCUGCAAGACCGUGUGCAGCCAGAAAUCCAAUAGCAGCAGUGAACAUCUUGAUGCUGGCUCAACAUGAUGAAAGCCGAAAUCCUGGAUUCCAUGUGUCUGACCGGCUUCUUAUACCUUUGAGUCUACCUAGACCUUAACAAUAAGCGGAUACUUGAUCUGCUGGGAUCUAUGUCUCGGUCAAUACCCCUUUUCUCAUGCCAUGGGGAUGUGGGCAGUGAUGGCUGAUUAUUCUGGCGCAUGUCCAUUAGAUACUGCUUCAAAUUGUAUGGGAUGGGCAUUCAGUCCCUCAUGCAAGAUUCCGACUCUUCUCUGGACGUUGUUUAUUGGCAUCUCAAUAUUUGUCAUUCCCUCCAACGAUACUGAACAUCUGCACCGAAGUCCAUUGGAGUACUUGACCUUCAAUUUGCCCAGUCAGCCGAGCGGCGAACUGCGUCACCUAAUGGUGUUCGCAGCUUUGCCCUGCAUUCCGCAUAUUCUGACAAUCAUUUGGGCAGGGAUGCUGUGGCGUGGGUCCCCAAGAACUACAAUGGCCACGAGUUUGUACUUUCGCAAGAUGUCAAAGUCAUCAACCUUGCGAUACCGAGAAGUGGACAACCCAAAUGCAUCACACGUCGCUAUGCUGGACAAUUUUCACUGUGGCAGUCUCGCAAGACCCAGGUGACGUCGGAAUUUUCGCAUUGACCACGAUGCUGCUACCCACCAGUGCCACCUUUCUUUGUGGGCCAGUAUCCCUUGUUUUGGGGGUCCCUUGAGUUCGGAACGGCCCCUGUUCAAGAGCCAAUCGCCUGUUCCCGGCGCCCCUAAGUUAAGAGGAGCCAUUGGGUUCGUGGAGGGUGGCUCCAGCGU